UUUUUUUUUGAGACUCAAAUUUUCACACAGAUCAGAAAUGAUCCAUAAUUAAAUUUUGAUCAUAGGGAAGGAAGGUUAUUGUGAACAAAUUUGUUGAACUGAACCUACUCUUUGGGAUUUGUUGCUUUGUGAAGAGGCAUGGAUGGGAGAUUGUUGUCUGUGGAGGGGUGUCCACCUCUUAAAAGAAAUAUCAAUGAUUUAGGGCCACAUCAUUCUACUAAGAAAUCUAAAAGGGGUGUUCUUUUUUUUGAGGUGGAGAUCCUGGAUGCCAAGAACCGGGAAAAGCUGUGCUUCCUGGAUAAGGUAGAGCCCAAUGCUACCAUAGCUGAAAUCAAGAAUCUCUUUACCAAGUCUCACCCUCAAUGGUAUCCAGCCCGGCAGUCCCUGCGACUAGAUCCCAAGGGAAAGUCUUUGAAGGAUGAAGAUAUCCUUCAGAAUUUGCCAGUUGGUACAACAGCAACACUGUAUUUCCGGGAUUUAGGUGCACAGAUCAGCUGGGUGACUGUAUUCCUCACAGAGUAUGCUGGGCCCCUCCUCAUUUACCUGCUCUUUUAUUUCCGGGUUCCCUUUAUUUAUGGCUCAAGAUAUGACUUCAGCUCCAGCAAGUACUCUGUUGUUCACCUGGCUUGCAUUUGUCACUCUUUCCAUUAUGUCAAGCGCCUCCUCGAGACCCUUUUUGUCCACAGAUUCUCCCAUGGAACAAUGCCUUUACGUAACAUCUUCAAGAAUUGCACUUACUAUUGGGGCUUUGCAGCCUGGAUGGCAUAUUACAUCAAUCACCCAUUGUAUACCCCACCUGCAUAUGGACAUGAACAAGUGAAAUUGGCGCUUAUCAUAUUCCUGUUCUGUCAGUUUGGAAACUUUUCUAUUCACAUUGCUCUGCGGAAUCUUCGCCCAGCUGGUUCAAAGACUAGGAAGAUCCCACUCCCUACGAAGAACCCAUUCACAUGGCUUUUCCUGCUGGUCUCUUGCCCCAAUUAUACCUAUGAGGUAGGGUCUUGGAUUGGCUUUGCCAUCAUGACUCAGUGCCUUCCAGUGGCUCUGUUUUCCUUGGUUGGAUUUAUUCAAAUGACCAUUUGGGCAAAGGGAAAACACCGAAGUUACCUGAAGGAGUUCCGAGAUUACCCACCGCUACGUUCACCUAUCGUCCCUUUUCUGCUCUAAGCCUCUUUCUGCACUAAGAUAUCAAACUGGGCUGGUAGCUUCAUUUUUUUAUCUUCUUGAGCAGCUAACAUUGGAGUCUAAAACGGGGUUUUUUUCACUGUCCAUAUUGUGUUUUGAGAGGGGUUUAUUGGAAUUCCUUCCUUUUUAAAGUUCCUCCAUCAUCUUUGUCCUUUGUCCCUAUUCCAAAACUACAUUUGACUUAGAACAACACCUCCCUACAGUUACCAUGAAGGCAAACAUAUCUGUAAGAGCAGGUACCAUAAAAUGGAGCCUAGGCAGCUGGACUUUGGCCAAAAGUGAGGCUGUAAAAUAGCAGUCUUAACUCCAGUCCUUAUUAAUAAUAAUUUUAGAAAAAAAUGUUCACUACAUUUGUGCAGCACUUUGGAUUUGAAAGCAGAAAAAUGCCUUGAAACACAUGGUGCCAUUCCUAAACCAGGAAAAGGCAUGGCUGCUGUAAGAAGUUGCAGACUGAUGCAGUGAUCAUGGCCCUGUGUGGUAUGGAACACUGUUUUGCAUUUGCAUUUGUAUUCAAAGCACAGCACAGCCUAUUAACUCAGUUGUGGGCAUUCUCCUAGUAGUAAAUAUUAUUGCUAUU